AUGGCAACAGAAGAAUUUAUCACCAAAACUAACAGUAACACUCCUCAAAGUGAGGAAAACAAAGACACAGACAAAACUCUAAAUAUGAAGGCCAAUAAUGAAACAUGUCUAAAUGAAACAACAGAUAUAAACAAACAAGCAGAAACAAACCACAUGUCUCCACAUGACAAAGCACUAACCACUCUAGAUACAGAACAAAAUAAAUUUACAGGAACCAAUACCAGAAUCAAACAAUGGUCUGAGAUUUUCCCAAAAUUAAAAGAGGGUAAAGCUACCUUUGUAAACAGUGGCCCUAGACAUAAGCUAUACUCAAAAAAUGAAAAUGCGCUUAUCUUUGAUAUUCAAGCACUCGAAAAUAUUACAAUCAACAAAAUCAUUCUUGCAAUCUACACCAAAUUUGGGUCUGAAAUCCUAGCUGUAAAAUUUCAUCUAUCAAGAGAAAAGCGCACUCAGCUAGAAAUUGCCUUUAAAAACAAGGAAGCACAACAAAAAUAUGCUGCAACAUAUUUAAACAAGCAUUAA